AUGCGGCUUUGUGGCUCCGGGAUUGCAACUCCGACACUUCUAUGUCUGCUAGUUUUUGGAUCCAGCCCUUCAAGGGUGAGAGCACAGAUGCUGGGAGGGUUUCCCACGCUGCCGUCAGCUCCGGCAGCUGGUUCCGCGAAUCCGUUUAAGAACAAGGACAAGACGGUGCUGGGAACUGUUCCAGAUUGGCUGGCGGAUGCCAUGAUGAUCCAGGACGUGGACAUGCCACAGUUGCCCUUGUCAUGCACGGGCCUUGACCUGAACCAGCUUGGCCAGUUCGCCUUGUGCGAGAAGCCAAAAGAACACAUCGGCCGAAGACUGCUCAGCUUCGAGGACCUGCAGGGGUACUCGCCCAUCAAAGUCGUCCAGCAGCUACUGGUCUGCCUAAUCAUCGUGAUCUUGCUGGUGUGCCUGUGCAUCCACAGGAAGUCGGUCCUCAUUAUCCUGACGGGGGAUGACUCGCUGCAUGCCACGCUUCCCGACUGCUGUUGGUACGGCGUGUGGCAGUGCUGUGGCCUCUGCAAAUAUGAUUGGGUCACGAUGUGCACUUCGUGGCCCUGCUGCGGGAAGUGGCGUGGCUCCAAUCCUGUUCGGACCAUGGCACAAUGGGUGGGAGUGACGUCCAUGUCCGUCGAGCUGAGUAACAUCGUGGUGGGAGAUAUUCCUUUCUACAGGUAUGGUGCCUUUUCCGUGACAGUCGAGUGUGGCAAGUAUCCGCCUUUGCAAACGUCGGUGCAGGAGGACCAAGAUCCCAAAACGAUCCACUUUCCGGAGGUCCUUACCUUGCGCCUGCGCGAUACCAUGUGGGACUCGCCGGUCGUGAUAACUGUCAAUCAAAUCAACUUCGUCGGCAUCCACAAAGUUGCAGAGGUUCGUCUCAGCCCGACGACUGUGGCGAAGUGGGCUCACCAGGCCGCUUUGAACUGUCGCAAGGGCAAGGGCGAUUCGUUCAACACGAAGCGUUUGGCAUUGACGCUGCAUGACCGCAACUUGGAGGCGGAAACACCUCCGUGGGUGAGCAUAACUUUCGGCACUCCGACGGCGGACCUGCGCCACCUUGACCACUUUCACGCGAACUCGAGUCUCUCAGUGCGACUUGCCACGUGGGACAACGUUCCAGACCCGACCACUGGGGAGUUCUUCGCCGAGCACCCUCUGACCAGAAUGAAGCAAGAUUAUCAUCUGGUGGACGGCGCUGGGAAUUGGGUCCAGGAACCCGACGAAGCUGAGCUGUACUGGCUAAGCAGUUGCAGGAGCUUGCUCUUCGCGACUUACUCAAUUCUCAGCUUUUUGGUAAUCGGCGGCGUCGUGUGCUACGGUGCCUUCAGAUACUAUGUCAAGAAUUGUUACGAGAAGUUCGAACUGCUCACCAUCGCGAAAAGUUGGCAGCCGCAUGCGUUUCCAAUGCCGACUUGUGCCUUGCAGUCGAUCAGCCACACCUGUGAGGUGAGGACGAAGGGCACUGGUCUCAAGCAGGGCUCUGACAUCUGUCUGCCCCUCGACCAACAGGUUGAAUUUACAUGUGAUAGUCCGCCGCAAGAUCGGCCCACGGCAUUUUCUUUCAUCUUGGAAGACCUGGGUUAUGCCUCCAACACCGGUGUGAAGUGCUUCGACGGAUUGUGCCAGCUGCGGAAUAAGAUAGUCAGAUUCGAUCACAUCGUCUUCUUUGGGUCUCUGUUCCUGCUGUUCUUCAUUUUCUGCUUGUUCAGGCCUCUGGCCAACUCUUGCUUAGACGGCGCGCGAGUUCGCGCGCAGCAGCGGAGCAACAGCAGAUAUGGUCGGAAAGGACCCGCCGAAUGA